AUGGCCAAGUAUUUCCUCCCGAAUAAAGUAUUUAUUUCACCUAUACAAUAUGCUCAUACAAGAAAUUUAUUUCUUAUAUCAAUGAGUAUCGUCUAUACAUUUGCAUUUGCAUCCUUAUAUUGGCAACAACCAGGUUUAUAUUCUGAUAAUGGAAUAUUACCACUUCGAGUACAAAUUCAACAACAAGAAAAAAUCCAACUUUUUAUUGUUAAACUUGCAAAUUUUUUUAAAUGGACACCGUUUCGUAUUAUGGAAUGUGUAUUAUUACUAUCAAUAUUUUUAAGUUCAUUAAUGAUUAUAUUUAAAUGUCUUCGUACAAGUUUCACAUUUACAAUGCUUUGGUUUGCAUACUAUAGUUGUUUUCAAGUUGCUGGUCAAUUUUUAUAUUUUCAAUGGGAUACAUUAUUAUUAGAAGCAGGUUUUUUAACAAUAUUUGUUGCACCCAUGAGACUAUUAUAUUUGAAAAGAAAACAAACAGAAGAUUUUUUAUAUCAAGAUCGAAUUACAUUAUGGUUAAUACGAUGGUUAGCAUUUCGUCUUCUAUUUGCUAGUGGAAUUGUUAAAUUAACAGGUGGAGAUAAAACAUGGUGGUCAUUAACAGCAACAACAAUUCAUUAUCAAUCACAAUGUAUUCCAACUCCAUUAGCAUAUUAUGCACAUCAUACACCUGUUUGGUUACAUAAAUUAUCUACAGCACUUGUUUAUAUAUUUAUGUCUGGUACUGGUAUUCUAUUUUUUUCACCAUUUCGUAUUCAUCGAUUAAUUGCUUGUGUAAUACAAAUAAGUUUACAGAUCUUAAUUGCUCUAACUGGAAAUUAUAAUUUUUUUAAUUUAUUAACAAUUAUCUUAUGUUUUGGUUUAAUUGAUGAUCAAUUUUUGGGUUAUUCACAAUGGGAAUCGGUAGAAGAUGAAAAUAAAACUAAAAAAUCAUUUUCAUGGAUUAUAACUUUAUUUCGACGAUUAAUACAUUUAAUUAUUCUUAUUUCAUAUAUUUAUUUAACAAUUCGAUGGUUUGAUAUUCAUUGGGAUAGUAAACAACAAAUAGUUCUAACAAAAAUAACAUUUAUUCGUGCUCAAUUUGAUCUUUUCUUACGGAGAUUUUUACCUAUAUGUCUUUUUCUUGCUUGGUGUUCAUUAAUAUUUACUAUUGGACGAUCCGUUUUUAUUGCUAUUCGACGUCCAGAGAAAAUUUAUGCAAAAAUUUUUCAUACAUUAAUUACAAUUUCAUAUGGAAUUCUAGCAAUGAGCUUAUUCUUUGUUUCAAUGGUACCAUUUACUGUUAUUGAACGACAAACUGGCAAAGCCUUACCUUAUGAAUUACAAUCCUGGUAUAAUAAAUAUCAAGAUUAUCAUAUUUUUAAUGCUUAUGGUCUAUUUAGAAGCAUGACUGGUGUCGAUGGUCGACCAGAAUUGAUUAUCGAAGGUGCAUUGAGUACAAAAAAUCCAAAAUGGAAAGAAUAUGAAUUUUUUUAUAAACCAGGUUCAUUAUCUGCAUCGCCUCCAUUUGUUGCUCCACAUCAACCUCGAUUGGAUUGGCAAAUGUGGUUUGCUGCUUUAAGUCACUAUCAACAUGAACCAUGGUUAGCAUUUUUUCUCUAUCGUCUUCUAACAAAUCAACCCGAAGUAUUACGAUUAAUUCAAACGAAUCCAUUUCCAACAACACCACCUAAACAAAUACGUAUUCUUCUCUAUCGUUAUAAUUUUACUACACCACCAUCAAAAGAUUAUUGGCAACGUGAAUUAUUAAAUAAUGAAUGGUUUCCAACAAUUACAUUAGAAAGUCAAUGGUUUAUGUCUUAUAUUGAACAACUGAAUAUGAAACAAAUUAAUAAACCAUUACCAAAAAGUAUUCUCUUAGAUAUCAUCCGUUCAAUAAGUAAUGUUAUGAAUGGAACUAUAUUUACUUGGUUUCCUGUUGUUAUUGCUUUAGUAUUUGUUAUUCUACGAAAACUUCUUUGUACGAAUCCUCAUAAACCAUUAGUUGUGAAAAAAGAUGAUGAAUGGUAUCAACCUGUACCAUUAAAAGAUAAAAUUAAUUAA